GCUCCUCACUGCUCACUACUCAGUUGUGGGUUUCUCCCUAGAAAGGGAAUUUCUUGAUUUUUUUUCCCUGCUCAGCAGCACAGGUGAGGAUGGAUGCUGGAUUGGCUGGAGUGCUCGUUACCCUCCUCCUCCUCUCCAUCCUCUGGUUCCUGGUCUGGAGAAACGAUAAGAAGAGAAGCUGUUUGCCUCCUGGACCACCCCCCAGGCCCAUUCUGGGCAACCUAUUGCAAAAAGAUGUCCUGCCCCUCUACAAGACCUACGAGAAGCUCAGCAGCACGUACGGCCCCAUCUUCACCGUCUGGCUGGGGCAGAAGCCGGUGGUGGUGCUCUGCGGGUACAAGGUGGUGAAGGAUGCUCUGCUGGGCCACUCCGAGGAGUUUGGAGGGAGACCUGAAAUACCCCUUCUGAUGCAGCUAUCGAAAGGCUAUGGUUUUGUCUCCAACGACGAGAAGAAGUGGCGGGAGCUGCGGAGGUUCACGCUCAGCACCCUGCGGGACUUUGGGAUGGGGAAGAACACCAUGUCGCAGCGGGUGCAGCAGGAGGUCCAGCAUCUGGUGGAACUGUUGGAGAAACUCAAAGGAAAUGCCUUUGAACCGGUGAUGAUGUUCAGACAUGCAGUUGCCAAUGUGAUCUGCUCCGUUGUCUUCGGGAGCCAUUACAGCUACAGCGACAAGGUCUUUCUGGAGCUACUGAAUGCGAUUGGCAAUUAUGUCAGCUUCUUUCUCUCUCCCAUCGCCAUGGUCUACAACACCUUCCCCAACAUCAUACACCACUUCCCGGGGCGACACAAGAAAGUCCUGGCCAAGUGUGAGAAGCUGAAGGACUACAUCCGAGAAAGAAUUGAGCUUCACAAACUGACGCUGGAUCCCAGUUGCCCCCGGGACUACAUCGACUGUUUCCUUGUGAAAGCAGAGAAGGAGAAAAGCAGCCCGGAGAAGAUGUACAGCAGUGAAAACUUGGUCAUGUCAGUAUUCGAAAUCUUUGGUGCCGGAACAAUGACUACUAGCAAUGCCCUGGUCUUCUUCUUCUUGAUCCUGGCAAAACACCCCCAUAUUCAAGCCAAGGUCCAAGAGGAGAUCGACACAGUGGUGGGCACCGGCCGUGCUCCCAGCACGGAGGACAAGCUGAGGAUGCCAUACACCAAUGCAGUGAUCCACGAGCUGCAGCGUUUCCACAAGACCCGCAUCGAGAACUUCCCGCGGAUGAUGACGCAGGACGUCGUGUUCAGGGGCUACACCAUCCCCAAGGGCACAGUUGUUAUUCCCGUCAUUUCCUCCGUGCACACGGAUCCAACCCAGUGGGAGAACCCCACAGAAUUCGACCCAGGCCACUUCUUGGAUGAGAAGGGCGAGUUCAGGAAGCGCGAAGCCUUCAUGGCUUUCUCGGCAGGGAAGCGGAUGUGCCCAGGAGAGGCGCUGGCCCGCAUAGAGCUCUUCCUUUUCCUCACCACACUGCUGCAGAGCUUCACCUUCCAGCUCGCCAUCGAGUACAAGGAGACGAAUUUAUUCUCCCUAUGGCUUGAGAUAGAGAGAAGGGCGAUACCCAUCAAGUUCUUUGCUAUCCGGCGCCCGGUGUCCUCUUAAGCAGAGAGCAGCGGGGAGAAGGAAGGCUUCUUCCAGGCGCCUUCGCUUCUGAAAUCAGAGCAAGCCAUGCCACCAUGAAUGCUACGGCAGCAGCCACCAAGGAGGAGGGUCACUUUGAGCUUCAGCCUUCUCCUCAGAGAACUGCCAGGCAUCUCUGCCGCCAGCUCCACGGGCAACCUGCUUCCAACCCUGCCCUUCCACAUCCCAGUAACACAAGGAAGACAGCGCUGGUUUUCCUCCUUCCAUACCUGUCAGCUCUGAUCGAGCCUCUAGCUCCUCGUGGCUGGGCUGCCUGUAGCUCCCCAGGCUGAGCAGGGCACUCCCUCAUUUUGGUGAGAGAUUAAGAUUGCUUCUACAAUAAAAACAAUCAUCAUAACUGGA